AUGAUCAAAAUUAUUAUCAUCCUCCUUUUACUGUCUAACUUUCUUAUUGCUGAACAAUUAUUAAAUGUACAUUGUGAUUGUACUAGUAUUAAAGUCAAAAUAGACUGCUUAAGCAGUUAUAAAAAUUGUUAUUGGUAAGAAGAUGGUGAAUUUUGUGUUGAAGAAAAAAAUAAUCAAUCCUAAAAUAUUAUCAUAAAAGAAAAACAACAAUAUUGUUAAUAAUUUAUAGAUAUGAAAACUUGUUUAAAAAUAGAAUCAUGUGCUUGGAUUUUGUUGGAUAAAAUUUAUUCAUGUUAAACCUUUCCAGGAUGUAAUUUUUAUUAAAAUACAACCCAUGAAGAAUGUUAAAGUUAUUCAACAUUAUGUAUAUCUGAUGGAAUCACCUGUGUACAAAAACAUCAAAAUUGUAUAGAUUAUGAAACUUAGAUGUCAUGUGAAUUUAUUUAGUAACCCUAAUAAUAUUAUUGUUAUUGGGCCAUGAAUUUAUGCCUUUAAGCUAAUUUUUGUGAUUUAUUACCAAAAUCUUUGAAUACAGAUGAACAAUGCAGAACUGCAAUGAAAACAUGCACAGUUAAUAUUGAUUAAGGAUGUAUUGAUAGUGGAUUAAAUUGUUCUGAUCAAAAGAAUGAAAGUUAAUGCUAUUGGAAUUUAGACCAAACAAUAUAAUGUAUUUGGGUUAAUAAUGAAUGUUUUGAAAGAAACUGUAAAACUCUAGCUUAAUAAUUGAAAACAUCUAAUUGUAAAAGAGAUAUUAAAAAUUAUAAAUGUUAUGAGGAUGGACAAAAUGGGUGUUCUGAAAUAUUAGUUUGUUAAAAUUUAAAAUCUUUAUCAAGUUGUUAAAAUUACUAAUAAGAAUGCUAUUGGGAUGUUAAUACUUGCAUUAAAAGAGAAUGUUAUUAUGCACCUAAUUCAUUCAACACUUGGGAAUAAUGUCAAGAUUUUUCAAAAGAAUGCAUUCCAAAACUACUUUAUGGAUGCUAACAAAUUUAGGAAUGUAAUGAUGCAGAAAUUUAAUAAGCUUGCCUAUAUGACAAAUUUGGAAAUUCUUGUUUUUGGAAUGAAAACAAUUAAUGUUAGAAAAAAUUAUGUGAAAAUAUAACAAUUUAAGAAUUAGAGAAUAAAACAUGUAAUUAAAUUUUAGAAAAUUGUAUAAAAAAUAAAUAUGGAAAUUGUAUGAAUAAAACAAACUGUUUAUUCAUUUAAAUUUAUUAAGAGUGUGAUAACUAAUAUGAUNAUUAUCAUCCUCCUUUUACUGUCUAACUUUCUUAUUGCUGAACAAUUAUUAAAUGUACAUUGUGAUUGUACUAGUAUUAAAGUCAAAAUAGACUGCUUAAGCAGUUAUAAAAAUUGUUAUUGGUAAGAAGAUGGUGAAUUUUGUGUUGAAGAAAAAAAUAAUCAAUCCUAAAAUAUUAUCAUAAAAGAAAAACAACAAUAUUGUUAAUAAUUUAUAGAUAUGAAAACUUGUUUAAAAAUAGAAUCAUGUGCUUGGAUUUUGUUGGAUAAAAUUUAUUCAUGUUAAACCUUUCCAGGAUGUAAUUUUUAUUAAAAUACAACCCAUGAAGAAUGUUAAAGUUAUUCAACAUUAUGUAUAUCUGAUGGAAUCACCUGUGUACAAAAACAUCAAAAUUGUAUAGAUUAUGAAACUUAGAUGUCAUGUGAAUUUAUUUAGUAACCCUAAUAAUAUUAUUGUUAUUGGGCCAUGAAUUUAUGCCUUUAAGCUAAUUUUUGUGAUUUAUUACCAAAAUCUUUGAAUACAGAUGAACAAUGCAGAACUGCAAUGAAAACAUGCACAGUUAAUAUUGAUUAAGGAUGUAUUGAUAGUGGAUUAAAUUGUUCUGAUCAAAAGAAUGAAAGUUAAUGCUAUUGGAAUUUAGACCAAACAAUAUAAUGUAUUUGGGUUAAUAAUGAAUGUUUUGAAAGAAACUGUAAAACUCUAGCUUAAUAAUUGAAAACAUCUAAUUGUAAAAGAGAUAUUAAAAAUUAUAAAUGUUAUGAGGAUGGACAAAAUGGGUGUUCUGAAAUAUUAGUUUGUUAAAAUUUAAAAUCUUUAUCAAGUUGUUAAAAUUACUAAUAAGAAUGCUAUUGGGAUGUUAAUACUUGCAUUAAAAGAGAAUGUUAUUAUGCACCUAAUUCAUUCAACACUUGGGAAUAAUGUCAAGAUUUUUCAAAAGAAUGCAUUCCAAAACUACUUUAUGGAUGCUAACAAAUUUAGGAAUGUAAUGAUGCAGAAAUUUAAUAAGCUUGCCUAUAUGACAAAUUUGGAAAUUCUUGUUUUUGGAAUGAAAACAAUUAAUGUUAGAAAAAAUUAUGUGAAAAUAUAACAAUUUAAGAAUUAGAGAAUAAAACAUGUAAUUAAAUUUUAGAAAAUUGUAUAAAAAAUAAAUAUGGAAAUUGUAUGAAUAAAACAAACUGUUUAUUCAUUUAAAUUUAUUAAGAGUGUGAUAACUAAUAUGAUAUUAAUGGAAAAUUAUGUUUUUGGGAUGAAAUAAAAUAAGUUUGCCUUGAAAAGAAAUGUUCAAAUUCACCAAAAAGAUCUUCACAUUAAUAAUGUCAAGAGUUUUAAAGUACUUGUACUAUCAAUAAAACAGGAGAUUAAUGUGUUGAAUGGACAUGUAAUAUUUCUAAGAGUUAGGAAAUUUGUGAAUAAUCUGUUUCAAGAUGUAUAUGGAAUUAAAGGUGCAUAGAAAAGGUUUGUGAGUUUGCAUCUAAAAACAUAAAGACUCAUCAAGAAUGUUAGGAUUAUUUAAAUUCUUGUACAUUAAGCAAUUUAGGAUAUGGUUGUAUGAACAUACCACUUAAAUGUGAGGCAAUUACAACAAAAGGAGGAUGUGUAAAGAGAGUUAUUAAACCUGGAGGUUCAAAACUAAACUGUGGAUGGUAUGAAGAUAAAUGCAUUGAUAAAGCUUGUGUAACUGCACCUUUGAAUUUAUUGAAUGAUUAUUAAUGUGAUUAUUAUGAAAAAGGAUGUGUGAUUAAAUAUGUAAAAGAGAAUUAAUCUAUUGUUGCAAAAGGAUGUCAAGAAUUAUCUUUAACCUGUGAAUAAAGAAUUAACUUUGAAUAAUGUAUAAUCUAAAGAAUUGAUUAUCCAGUAUGUAUAUGGAUUCCUAAUAUUAAUGUCUGUAAAAUAAAGUCAUGCUUAACUGCUAGCAUUGAGAAUUCGACAGGAAGUUUAAAAGAAUUUAAUUUAGAAUAAUGUCAUUCUUAUUCAUCAAAUUGUAUACCAAAUGCUAAUAAUGAUGGUUGUAUUAAUCAAUAGUAAUUUUGUUAUUAACUUUCAAAAAAUAAUUGCUUUCAUUCAUUAGAAGGAAAUUGCUUUUUUAAUUAAAAUAGUUGUGUUUUAAAAAUUUGCAAAAAUAUUAAUUAAUAUUCACAUGAGAGUUGCUAUUCUAAUUUGAAAACCUGUACAGUAAAUUCUAAUCUGACUGGCUGUUAAACAUUAGCAAAAUAAUGUUAUGAAUAUAUAUCAAAAGAUUAAUGCCAAAUUACAAUUACAGAAUAGAAAUGUUUAUGGGAAAAUAACUAUUGUAGAGAGUUAGAAUGUAUGGAUGUACCUCAAAUCUAAGAUUUUAAUUCUUAUAAUAGUUGUCAAAAUUAAUCAUCAAAGUGUACAGUAAUAAGGAGUUUAGAUAUUUGUGAUGAAUUGGAAUAUAAUUGCAUUGAUUAUAAAACUUAAGAAAGAUGUUUUAGAUCUGCAAAUAACGCAGAAGAUAAUUGUAUUUGGAUAUAUAACAGAUGCUAUGAUUAAAAAAGUAUUACUAAUCAAGUUUGUUCUAAUUUCAAAGGAACUAAGGAAAUUUGCAGACAAUAUAAAUUAGGAUGUACAAAUGUAGAUAAUGCAACGAUAUAUAAUUAUUGCUAUUUUGAUUGUAAUUAAGUUUCGUUGGCUAAUUUAACAUUUUAGUUUUGUUAAUCUUUAAGUUAUUAAUGUUCUGUCAAUAUUUAAGGAACUGCAUGUGUUGUAAUGCAACCAUCAUGUGAGUUAUAUUAUUAAGAAGAGAGUUGUUUUUAAAUUUUACAUUUUAGAUGUUUUUAUGAAAAUGGAUCAUGUCACACUUUAAUUUCAGGAGAUGAUUGUCAAAAAAUUUAAGGUCCUUUUACUGAUGAAUAUUGUUCUUUAAAGAAUAACUUAUGUUUGGCAAAUAAAAAUUAAUCAAGUUGUAUUAAAUUACAUUAUGAUUGUUCAAAUUAUCUAUCAGAAGAAAAUUGUACAAGAAAUUAAUUCAAUCAAAGAUGUAUCAUUAUUAAUGGUUUAUGUACCUAAAUAUCUGAUCCUUAAAAUUAAUGCUAAUUAAUUUAAAAUUAAAAUGGAACAUUAAAUUAUGAUUAUUGCUCAUCUUAUAGCAAUUAUUGUGUAGGAACAUAAGAUUAAACUAAUUGUUUUUUUAUUCCUUAUUCCUGUUAAGAAUAUAAUUAUGAUUUUAAUCAUUGUGUAUAUUCUAGAUAGGGAAAAUGCUAUUAUAAUGUUUAAUAUAAUAUCUGUUUAUCAGUAUAAAAUCCCUCAACUGAUUGUAUUUAAAUAACUAGACCCUCAUUACUAUUUUAAGAUUGUUAAUCUUAUAAUAUAAAUUGUAGUGUUUCUUAUGAUGGAACAUAUUGUAUUGAAAUUAAAGAUUAUUGCUAAUAUUAUAAUGCUUUUGAUUAAUGUUAUUAAGCAAGAUAUGAAAGAUGUAUUUCCAUUUAAUCUAAUGGAAUACAUCAGUGUAUUUCAUUUAAUCAAUGGAUUCCUUGUAAAAUCAUAUAUUUGCAAGUAAAUCAAUACAAUCAUUUUGAAUGUAACUCGAAGAAUAAAUUGUGCACAAAUGAUUCUACGACAAGUUGUACUGAAAAGAACUGUUCAAAUUAUAUAGGAUCUGAAUUUAAUCAUAAUAAUUGUAAUACUUGGAAAAGUGAUUGCACAGUUUCAACUUUUUAUGAUAAAUGUGUACCUAUGCUUACGAAAUGUUCAUUAAAUAAUAUUGAAUCAUGUGUUCAUUCAUAUGAAGGAGAUUGCAUUGUUAUAGAUGGUAUUUGUUAGAUAAAAUAAUGUUAAAAAGCUCCAGAUUAUUUAUAAACACAUUCUUAAUGUAAUGAAUACUCAUCUCAUUGCACUAUUGCUAAAGUAGGAGGAUGUGUUAAUAAGAUGGCUUGUUAAUUUUAUUCUUAGAUUCAAUGUUAUUCAAGUGAAGAUAAUCAAAAUUGUUUUUGGAAUCCAUCUAAAAAAACUUGUGUUGUUGCAAAUUGUUUAUAAAUAGAAACUACAGAAUUAUUUGAUUCUCAUGAUGAAUGCUAUUAUGUUGUUGGAUUAUCUAUUAAAUGCACAGUUAGAAGUUAAAAUGGUGUUCCUAUUCCUGGUUGUAUGAUGUUAACUUAAUGUUCUAAUUAUUCUAUUAAAUAGUAAUGUGUAAUUAGCAUAGAUAAUAUAUCAUGUGAAUGGAAUGAGAAUUUCAAUCCUCCAUAAUGUAUGGAUAAAUCUUGUUAAACAGCUUCAAAUCAAUUAGUUAAACAUGAAGAAUGCAAUUCUUAUUAUCUGAAUUGUACAGUUAGUAAAUUUAUAGAUCCUAAUACAAAUCAAUAUAUUGUAGGGAGAUGUUAAGAAUUGUAAUCUUGUGGGUUAUAUACUUUUGAAGAGUAAUGUGUUAUAGAUAUUAAUAACAAUCCUUGUCAGUGGACUGGAAAUUAUUGCACUAUCAAAUAUUGUGAAACAGCUCCAUUUUCGGAUUUAUAUGAUACAAAUCAAGAAUGUAAAGACUAUUUUGGUGAAGAUUGUGUAGUUUCUGAUUUUGGUAAAGGUUGUAUGACAAUUAAAAUAAAAUGCGAAGAUUAUAUUUUAGAAUAAUAAUGCUAGAAGAAUAAAUUUGGUUAACUCUGUUUUUGGAAUUCAGAUAUAAUGAAAUGUUUAGAAAAUACAUGUUAAAAUAUUGAGUAACACAAUUAUGAAUAAUGUAAUAUAAUGAAUUAAAAUUGUUUUUCACCAAAUAUAGAAUGUAGAAAUUUAAUAUGUGAAGAUCUUAAAUAUUAAACUGAUUUUGAAUGUGAAUAUCAUAUGAAAGGAUGUACUACAAAUGGUGAUUAAUGUGUUAAAAGAGGUUCUUGUCUUUAAGCUAUGCAUAGAAAAGGAUGUGUUAAAUCCAAUUUAGGAGAGAUUUGUGUAUGGAUUAUAAAACAAGAAAAUGAUUAUGGAUAUUGUGAUAUUGCUGUAUGCGAUACCGCUCCAACUUCAUAUAGUACUGAAGAACAAUGUUAAUUUCAUAAUAUUAAUUGUACUGUAAAGAAAAAAGGAGGUUGCAAAGAAAAAAGCACAUGUGAAAACUUUGAACAAUAAGAAGCAUGUAUAAUAGAUAUUAAUGGUAAUAAAUGCUUUUGGGAAGAUUAUAUUUGUAGGAGUUUUAAUUGUUAAGAUUAUAAAGGAUUGACAUAUGAAUCAUGUUAGUAUUUUAAUGAAAAUUGUACUUUAGGUUAUAAUGGAUAUUGCACAUAAAUGUUAAAUUGUAAUCAAUAUACAUUAAAGAGUAUGUGUUAUAAAGGAUUUGAUGGUAUAUGUGUAUGGAUUUUGGAUGAUUAAUAAACUUCUGAUAGUGAAGGUUAAUGUUACUAAUUCAGUCAAUGUGAAUCACUUUAACUUUUUACAGAUACUAAAUGUAAAUAAGCUUCCAAAUUAUGUACAACCAAUGGAAUAAAUUGUGUACCACUAACUAGUUGCAAUUAGACUAAUAUAAAUGGUGGUUGUGUUACAGGAAUCGAUGGAGAAUGUAUUAUGUAUUUUGAUAUUUAAAAAUAAGCAUUAUAGUGCACUUUAUAUAAAACAUGUUCAUAAGCUUAAUUUUAUACAUAUUUCGAUUGCCAAUCCGCUAAUAAAAAAUGUACAACUAAUGGAUAAAAUUGUAUAGAAUUUUUAGAAUGCAAUUAAUAUUAGAAUAAAGUAUCAUGUGUAAAAGAUAAAAAUCAAAAAAAUUGCUCAUGGGAUUCCUAUUAUUGUAGAGAUUAACAAUGUUAAGAUUAUAAAUUAGAAGAUGAAUGUGAAAAACAUGAUUGUGUUUGGAAUGAAAAUAUAUGUAAUAAUAAAAAAAAGUAAGAUUGUUUUGACUUUGUAUAACAAGAAGAAUGUAAUGCUUCUCAUGAUGAAUUGAAUUGCAGUUUUGAUGGUAUAACAUGCAAACCAAAUUAGAAUAUAGAUUGUUUUUCAUUUUUAACUGAAAAAAUUUGUUAUUAGCAUAAAAAUCCAAUUGAUUGCUUCUGGUAGGAUAAUAGAUGUUAAAGAUUCUAAAAUUGUUCUGAUGCUAAUAAUAAUAAAAAUGCUUGUUAUUAAUUUUCAAAACAUUGUAUGUUCAUAUAGGAUAAUUGUAAACCAAUAGAUUGUUAAAGAUAUUAUGAAAUAAAUGGAAUUUGUUCGAGAAUCAAAACUUUAGAUAAAAAGUAUGUUAUAUUUUGUUCAAAAGUUAAUGAUUUUUGUUUAGAAUUAAAUCCUACAACUCUUACGUAAUCCAAUUGUUUUUAAUAAUCUGAUUAGACAUUUGUGUGGAAUACCUAGACGAAUAAAUGUGAAGCGUGUUUUCAGGAUAAUUCUUUAGAUAUUUCAAAUACCACGGAUAUCAAUUCUCCGAAUGAGAGAAAGUAAUAAUAAAUUUUAUCAUCAAUUAUGAUUUUGAUUUUCUUAUUGAGUAUCUAUUGA